AUGAAUGCGUAUCCGGCAGAGCUGGUGGUGCAGCUGCACGCGUGUGCGCUCGUGAGUGGGCUUGUGCCGGAAGGGAUUCGGGAGCGCAAUGCUGCGAUCGAUACACUGCCGCACCCCACCGCAGCGCACCCCGCGCUGUGCGAGCAAGUGCGCUGCGCGAUGCUCCGAAAAGCACGCAUUUGGAGCUUGCCGGGCGUGGCCACGUUCAGGGCGGUGCUUGUGGACUACAGCUACACCUAUCCUCCGGCCAAGAUGCGUCCCCCUAUGCGCACUGCCAAUCCCAUAGCAAAAGAGGCGCUCUCGAGUCUCCCGCCGCGCUCGCCGCUCUCGCCGCUCUAUGUGGGCGGCGCGCUAUUCCCCGACGGCAUCAUCGCUCCUUCCUGGAUCCGCAAACACACAGAGUACAUCCCAGCCGUGCACAUAUACUUUUUUUGUAUGCCGCCUGCCGUGGAUCCAGCAUUGGAGACGGAUCUAGCGCUCGUACAAGCAAUGCAGGACGCUCGUGCCGCGGCGGCGCCGCGAGGGAUACGGCUCGUGAUUGUGCUCCUGUGCGAGCCAUCGACGCUUGCGCAGCGCGAGCUUGAGCCGCGGCUUGCGCAUGUACGCCGCGCCGCCGGCCUCGAGCAGCGCGGCGCGCUGUUUGUCCUGAGCACCGCGACCACCGACGUGCCUGCAUUUUGGGCGAGCCUCGAGCGCGCCGUGUGGGACGGCGCUGGGGAGUACUACAAAGAGCGUGUCCGGCAUGUACGGCGCAACCGCGCGCGGUACCCCCCAUCGCCCACCGUACUGCAGCCGCUGCUCGCCGCGGCGGGCGUUGCCGGGAUGCUGCGUCCGGGCCCAACGGCCACGCUCACGCUAAAUGGAUGGAACAUCCGCACCGCAUUCAAGCUCGGCGCUUUUUCCGAGAUGCUAGGCGAUGUGCGCGAGACCAUUGUGCACUACACGGAAGCGUACCGUGUCCUGAUGCACCACUACUUGGGCAAUACCCACGUACUUCAGCCCAGGACAAAACGCUGGGCAGAGGCCAAAGUUCUCGCAGAUACCCUUUCGCUCAAACUCAGCAAGCUGCAUCUUUACGCAGCGAAUGCCACUGCGGCGCGCGCCCAGUUUCACUACCAUACGCGGCACAUGUCCGCGCUGGGACAUGCAUGGCGCAUCGGCGCCGACUCGGUCGAGUUUUGGACGUGGCUCGCGAAGCAGUACCAAAUGCUGGGCGAGCUGAUGGUGCAUGCAUAUGCUGCACACGAGCGCACUGCCCAUGUAUACAGCGCGCUCGAUCCGCCAGGCACGCUUUUCUACCAAGCGGCGCUCUGCUCGAUGCUGCCCACACAGCAUGCACGCACACACGAUCUUGAUCCUGCGCCCACACAGCACCUCGAGCGCGCGUACGAUGCAUUCCAGCAGCACAAGCAAACCCGACUUGCGCACCUCGCCGCGACGCGCCUUGCCUUUUUGUACCUCGCCGCGGGCCAGGACGCGCCAGCGGAAAAAUUGAUCGGGCGCGCGCUGCGUUGGUACAGGCGGGAGGGCUGGGAAGUGUUGCGGUUUGUGCUGCUCAUGAGUGCGGCUGCAUGCGCACGCAAUGAUCCGCGCGCAUCGACGCAGUACUGCAUUGAGCUGCUGCGCCCGGUGCCGCAUGCAUUGGCUGCGGAGCGCGACGCAUGGCUUGCCAAGCUCGUGCAUUUGCUUGCGCCUGUGCACGGUGCCACUUCUGGCAUGAUACACAUGGACCCCGACGCCGUGCACGGUCUCUUUGACAUUCACGCCGUGUUUGCCAAGCAGCACGCAGAGGUCUGCACCGAGGUCCCGUUCCAGGUAUGGAUCCAUGGCACGUAUACGGAAGCAAUGCACCUUUGUUCCAUGGAAAUGUACGCGCACGAUGCAGACGAGCCGCUCUUUGCCGUGCGCAUCGAGCGCGGCGCGAAGGAUGCUGUGGAUCUCGGCACCGUUACCGUAGACGCACCGUGCCAAGCGCCCGUGCCCGCCGCUUUCCCGGGCCAUUUGCUGCUCAGCGGCGCGCUUACAGGCACACUCCCGCGCACGGUUGCUUUUGCGCGCCUCGUCAUUACCGCAGAGACCUCGGUGGGUCUCGUUGCGCUUCCGUUCCACGUUCCGCGUCCGCGCGCAGUAUGGCGGCUGCCAAACGCGACGGUGCCGAUUUCUGGAUCACAUACGGUGCACCUCCGUGAGGCGCAUGCUAUCCAAGUGCAUGCGCCGUUGACGAUGCAGUGCGGCGAGAGGCGUGCAGUGCGCAUCGACCAAAGCGAAGCCAUCCAAAAUACCCUCUUGCUCCUAUCGCCCGAGGCCGUGGAGGCAGGCGCACAGCUUGGCCCCAGCGAGGAUCCUGCACGUGUGGAGCUUGCGCGUGGCGGCGAGGCGCUGCUCCACGCGCCGCAGAAACCAGGCACGCUGCAGGUGCGUGCGUAUGGACUCGUGCCGGGCGAAGCAGCGCCUGUUGCACAGCAAGACCACGCCGUGCACGUCGCCCCUGCAUUUUCUGUGCGCGUGCAUGUGCACUGGCUGCCGCUCGAGGCGUAUGGGCGCUUGACGACCGAGGUGCGGUAUCUCGGUGCGGAUCCCAUUCACCUAGACGCGGUGUCUGUACAAGCAGCCGGCGUCUAUGCACACGCUGUGCAAGGAUUCACCCCCGCCGAAUGGCGCACCGACGAUACCAGCGUUUGGGUCACGCCGCUCGAGGCGAACAGUGCACAUGCGUCUCACAACGCCACGCUGCUCUUGCAGUGGCACGGCGCAUACCCAGGCGAGACGCGGCUGGCCCUGACGCCGCUUGCGCCGCCCACUGCGCCGGACAUUGCGAUCGCGAUAAACAACCCCGCAGAAGCGAUCGUGGGUGCGCCUGCAGCGGUGUGUAUUCGCGUCGCGAAUAGGUCGGAUGCACGGGUGCUCGAUGUGCUGAUGGAGUGUGCGUCGACCGAGGCAUUCCUCUUUGCCGGCGCGCGCCGCAAAACACUGCAGGUGCUGCUCCCGGGCGAGACACGCACGGUGCAAUGGAAGCUUGUUCCACAGCACGCAGGGCUGCUUUCCCUGCCGGCCCUGCGUGCUUGGGAGGUGCAGCGCGGGGAGAAAUUGCUGCCGCUGGCCACGCCGUAUCCCGGCACGAUGUGCGUUCGUAUAGGGUAG